AUUGAAAUUGUUUUGCCAAGACCAGUCAGUGUCAGAUCACUUUUGUUCAGAAUACAGAUAAGAGAGGAAGAAGAAGAACUGCACUGGGAUUUUGAUGAGACUUUACUGACACAUAUCAGCAAAGUUAACAGGCCGACUACUGAUUUAUUUCAAAGGCAGUUUGCAUAGAGACAUGAAAACCAGAUCUUCUGUGAAUGUAAUCAAACAGCACAAAAUACUGCUUUUAGGAAGGAUGGCCCUCAUGGAGAGAAACACAACUUGGCCCCUGUCCCUGUUCCCCGGCAAUCACAGCCACACCAACGGCAGCACUUGUUCCCGUGACAACGUUUUGAAGACGGUGGUUUUUCCUGUUCUCUACUCCUUUCUCUUCCUGGUGGGGCUGCUGCUCAACGCCGUGGCUGUUUGGGUGUUUUUUCGCAUCCCCUCCAAGUCGCACUUCAUUAUAUACCUGAAGAAUAUUGUGGUCGCGGAUGUCAUCAUGACGUUCACCUUCCCUUUCAAGGUGCUAUCAGACUCCAACCUGGCUUCCACUGGGCUGCGCAUAUUCGUGUGUCGGGUCUCCUCAGUGCUCUUCUACCUCACGAUGUACAUCAGCAUCCUAUUCUUCGGCCUCAUCAGCAUCGAUCGCUGCAGAAAAACCCUCACGCCCUUUAGGGGGACUACUGCAGCCCGGUUGGCCCGUCGCAAACUCCUUUCCGGAGCCAUCUGGACCUUUCUUCUGGUUCUGUCUCUGCCCAAUGUGAUCCUGACACGUAAAACCCCAACGUCUCCAUAUUUCAAGUGCAGCAACCUGAAGACAGAGGGUGGGCUGUACUGGCAUGAGGUGGUAAAUCAUGUCUGUCAAGUGAUUUUCUGGAGCAACCUUGUGACUGUGAUAGUAUGCUACACUCUAAUCACCAAAGAGCUGUACAGAUCCUACGCCCGCAGCGCUGGAGGGACCGUAUCGGGGGAAUCAACUCAGAAACCCCACCAGGCCAAAAGAAAAAUGAAUGCAAAUGUGUUCCUGGUUCUGGCUGUGUUCUUUGUGUGCUUUGUGCCAUUUCACUUUGCCCGUGUGCCGUACACCCUGAGCCAGACCCAAAGGGUUCUUUUUGAUUGCAAACUCAAACUCUUCUUCUUUCAGCUCAAGGAAAGUACGCUCUUCCUGUCGUCUUUAAACUCUGUUCUGGACCCUCUCAUCUACUUCUUCCUCUGUAAAUCCUUCAGGACCACUCUGUUCAAGACCCUGCAGCUGCCUCCUGGUACCUGUAGCAGGCUAACGGGGAGAGGGUCAGACACGGACACAGGCAGCAACGCUCUCAGAAACUCUUCAGCCUGUGCAUAAAAUCACAGGGCAUGAUAAAGACGCUUGUAAUGUGGUAUCUGAAUGUGCACAUUCUGUGAUGAUGUCCUGUUUUUAAGAAUAGGAUCAAAUCUAAAUUCAGCUUUUUGACAAAACAUUUCGAGAAAUACAGUGGUUGACUGACACGUUGAUCUAUUUUCUGUCAUUUGUUCUAAUCAACAUGUUGAUUGUCACAAUAUUAUUACCAUCCCUUUAAAAACCUGUCCUUUCAACAUUUUAUUGUCUGUGAAAAACAAACCGUGCCAGACCUGAGAACUGGCUUGUUUUCUUUGUUUUUCUUUCGGUUCUUCAUUCCACCUAAUAACACGAAUAGCAUGAAGUUCCUCUUCUAUUCUUUUCAUAGCCACUAAUCUAAUGUGAUGCAUUCAUUUACAAACUGAAACUAAAUCUACAUCCAACUGUGUAAUAACCCUUAAGACUUGCAAAUAAUCUCCUGACAAUACAAAGUGAUCUUUUAUUGUUGUUAUGUGCAUGAAACAUUAUGUCUACAUUUGUGAUUUAUUGUCGUUCAGUUUUGCUGCUAACAAUGAUCCUCAUCUAUAGGAAGUAAGUAAGUAAGUAAGAAAUAUGGGUGGUUUCCAAAUGAAUGAGUUGUGUGUACGGUUAUUGCCUUCUGUUGCAACCACAUAGCCAAAAGAAGAAAAAAAGAAGGUUACAUGCAUCAGAAAACAAUAAUAAAGGAAGUAUUGACAGUUUUGUUAUUUGUUGUGUAUGCCUGUGGUUUGGGCCAUACUAUGUGAUUGGCACUUUUCACAUUAAAAUAUUAAACCCUAUAUGGCUCGCUCAGCCAGUAUCUACUUCUCACUGAGAAUGUACUGUAUAGUCCUUUGGAGAAAAAAUAAAUACGCUUUUUGAA